CGCUAGUUCGCCGACCAGACGAGGGCUUGGCAGCAGCUGAAGCGCCAGACUGGCUCCAGGGUAAGCGGCUGGUCUAGUUCACAGUCUAGUUCGCCGACGUCACUUCCGGGGCACAGUCAGCGUGUGUAGGGAGGCCGAAAGCCCAGACGAAUGGUCAAAAUGGCGGCCGCGCAGUUAACGGACGAGGAGCUGGUGUGUGAGCUGAGGCGCUCUGGCGUGAUGCCGGGCCCGGUCACAGACAGCACCCGGCCGGUCUACCUCAAGAAACUCAAGAAGCUGCGAGAGGAACAGAGGCCCCGACUCAAGAAGAUGCGGCCCAUCCACAACAGCCAGGCUGUGGACGGUCACUCAGGGAGCCCGGGAGCCCGCCCGCUUUCUGGGGAUGUGACGCACAGGCGGAGCGGCCGGCACCAGCAGCAGGCGGAGGCCGUCAAGCAGUUCCCUGUUGUCGGCUUCAGUUCGGAUGAGUCGGAUGUGGACACUGCCCUGGGGGCACAUGGCGGGCGCCCCCAGACAGAGAGGAGUCCGGCCCAGCGGGACUGUAUGGACGAGCUAGACGGGCGGAAGGCGCCGGUGUGGUGGGGGACGUCCAGGCCGCACAGCCCUCGGCUCCAGCCAGACGAGGAGGCGGCUAAGAGCAGGACUGUGAACGGCAGCCGCCUCUCCUCCUGCAGAGACUACUCGGACUCAGACGACGACGAGGAGGACUACGGAGAGGACGGUCCCCCCAGCCGCCGGAGUAGGCGGCCUCUGAGCAGACAGGCGCGGGAUAACGGCAUGGACGCCGGCGAGGAGCCCGGCACACCGGCCUGGGACAGGGAGAAGUCUCCCAGGCAUCGGGCGGCCGCCAGGAAGUCUCACUUUCCGGAUGUGGAGACGUCUAAGAGCAACAACCACCUGGGGGCUGCAUACACCGCGGAUGGGCCCCUGCUCUACCUCCCCACCCCGAACAGCCUGUCCACGUCCAACCACGCCGGCUCCAACCACAGCUACUACCCGUACAAGAGGAGGCCGCGGAAGGUGCCCGAGCCCGAGGAGGCGCUGCUGCAGCAGUUUAGGAGCGGAGAGGUGUCCCCCAGUGCGGGCUUCAGCGCCCACUACCUGUCCAUGAUCCUGCUUAUCGCAGCCUGCCUCUUCUUUCUGCUGCUGGGCCUCACCUACCUGGGCAUGAGGGGCACGAGGCUGGCGGGCCCGGGCACCAUAAAAAGUCCUGAUGAUCUGCCUGGUGAUACGGCUGAGAGAAAUCUGAUGAACGCCCUGCGUAAACUGCAUGAUAAAUUGGCGAAAAGAGCAGGAGAUUACAUUUGUGGUGAUGCUGACUACAGUCAUAUUUCCGUCCAGGAGGCAGAAGAGUAUUUACAGGGUUUUGGUCCAGAAUAUAUUGGAGAGUUAAAAAAAUCCUUGACAUGGAUUUUAAAAUUUGGAAAAGAUGUUGGAAUCAGGUGCUUUGGAGAUGUGGAAAAUGAUAAAUUAACUGAAGCAGAUGUGAAAUACUUGGAAUCCCUUUGGCCACAAAUGUCCUUUGUAUGUCGUAUCCGCCGUGCCAUUGUGACUGUAGCACACAGAUUAUCACUGUUGCUUCUAGGUGUUGCUGUGCUUUUUGGAGUGCUUCAGUAUAUGCGAUACCGCUGGAAAAAGGAAGAGGAGGAAACUAAACAAAUGUAUGACCUUGUGGUGAAAAUUAUAGAUGUUUUAAAAAGUCACAAUGAAGCUUGUCAAGAAAACAAAGUACUUGAUCCAUAUAAACCAAUCCCCUAUGUUAGAGAUUCCUUGAUCACUCCACAUAACAGAAAAAAAAUGAAGAAAGUUUGGGAAAGAGCAGUGGAGUUCCUGGCUACAAAUGAAUCCCGUGUACAUACUGAAACAAGGUACAUAAGAGGAGCAUACGUCCCUGCAUGGAAAUGGAUCCAGCCUUCCUCGUGUGAAAAACCUUCAGUCAUCCCAUCUAAAGUGUGGCAAGGCCAAGCUUUCCAUCUGGAUAAAAGGAAUUCCCCUCCAAAUAGCCUAACUCCUUGUUUAAAGAUAAGGAACAUGUUUGAUCCAGUCAUGGAAAUUGGGGAUCUUUGGCAUUUAGCUAUCCAAGAAGCUAUUCUGGAGAAAUGUAGUGAUAAUGAAGGGAUUGUCCACAUUGCAGUUGAUAAAAAUUCCCGUGAGGGUUGUGUGUAUGUAAAAUGUCUAUCACCAGACUAUGCAGGCAAAGCAUUCAAGGCACUGCAUGGAUCUUGGUUUGAUGGAAAGCUGGUGACUGUGAAAUAUUUGCGAUUAGACAGAUAUCAUCAUCGGUUUCCUCAGGCUCUCACAUGCAGCACUCCUUUGAAGCCUUUAAACAAACAAAUGAACUCUUUGUCACAGUUAAAUAUGCGAACAGGCACAUCUCCAUCAUCAUGAGAGAACGCUGUCAUAAUGACUGUUAUAUUUGCAGCAGGGGUGGGGUCCUGACUUGCACCUGUCUUCCCUUUAUUUUUGUCUUUUGAUUUUCCCCAUAUUCAUCAGUAUAUCAACAAUUCCAGUGAGAACACAGGUUGUUCGGUCUUGUGGUAAAUAAUCAUCCAAAGGACAUUACAAGAUUAACAGAAAAAAUGGUGGUUUACGUGACAUCUUGUAUUAAAGGACAGCAGCGUUUUUAUGACCUAUUCGAGAUGAUCAUUACUUGUUUGUAAAACCAUGUGACUGUUUUCUUGAAUUGAAAUGUGGAAGAUAAUUUAUUGAAUUCCUAUGGGAUCCUGCACACUAUUUUGUCAUAUCUAUACUCUUAAUAGUAAAUUGUACAUUUUUUGAGGUCAACUAUAUGACUUCUGCUGCUGUAGAUAGUGAAUUUGUUACAGCUGAAGUACAGGGAAUAUCUGGCUUGGGUUACCAAGAUGGAAUUGUAAGACAUGUACUUUGCCUUUUGUAUUUAAGUGUAAUUGAUGGUGGUGGCGGCAAAAGUCUUGUGCAAAUGUCUGCUUACAAGCAGUAAAUAAGCUUCCUAUUUUAUUCAUAACAUAAUGUUAUUUUAUAUAAUAAAUUGGCUGCACCAUCUCAUAAAGGUCAAACAGCCAGUUACCUUUAAAAGUAUUAGAUAAAAAUUGAAAUAUCUUUUAUAGGUUUUAUAUAAAAUGUCUGAAUUUGUUUCAUGUGAGAUCUGAUACCAAUUGUAAAGAUUCAAAUGAUUGUGAGCAAUAAAUAAGCAAUUGGCAGAUGCUGGACAAUU